CGAGUUUCCGUGUUUCACCCGGACCCUUCAUGGGCACGGAACGACUUCCGGUGGCUGGUGUCAGCUUUCUGUGCAUGCCGCUGGCAGGAACCUCCGUCAAAGUUGUAACGUUGUCUGCAGCACACCCGAGCCGCCACAAUGGGGAUCACGGAUAAAAUCGCGGAAAUAGAGAGAGAAAUCGCUCGGACACAGAAAAACAAAGCCACUGAGUACCAUCUGGGUCUGCUGAAAGCCAAAUUAGCCAAAUACAGAGCUCAGCUCCUGGAGCCCUCCAAGUCGGCGGGGGCCAAAGGCGAGGGCUUCGAUGUCAUGAAAUCAGGAGAUGCCCGUGUUGCUCUUAUCGGUUUCCCCUCUGUGGGUAAGUCCACCUUCCUUAGUUUGAUGACGUCAACCGCCAGUGAAGCCGCUUCCUACGAGUUCACCACUCUCACCUGCAUACCCGGUGUCAUCGAGUACAAAGGGGCCAACAUCCAACUGCUGGAUCUGCCUGGAAUCAUCGAGGGUGCUGCCCAAGGUAAGGGUAGAGGUCGGCAGGUCAUUGCCGUUGCCAGAACAGCAGACGUCGUCAUCAUGAUGUUGGAUGCCACUAAAGGAGAAGUCCAGAGAGAACUUCUAGAAAAGGAGUUGGAGUCGGUGGGCAUCAGACUCAACAGGUCGAAACCAAAUAUAUAUUUCAAGCCCAAGAAAGGUGGCGGCCUCUCCUACAACUCCACGGUUCCUCUCACCCAAUGCUCAGAGAAGCUCGUUCAGCUCAUCCUUCACGAAUACAAAAUCUUCAAUGCAGAAGUCCUCUUCAGGGAGGACAGCACACCGGACGAGUUCAUUGAUGUCAUCGUGGGGAACAGAGUAUACAUGCCAUGCCUAUAUGUGUACAAUAAGGUCGAUCAGAUCUCCAUCGAGGAGGUGAACCGCCUGGCUCACAGAGAGAACAGUGUUGUCAUCAGCUGUGGGAUGAAGUUGAACCUGGAUUACCUUCUAGAGACGUUGUGGGAAUAUCUCGCUCUGAUUUGCAUUUACACUAAGAAAAGAGGAGAGCGCCCAGACUUUAAUGAUGCCAUCAUUAUGAGAAGAGCAUCAUCUGUAGAACAUGUGUGCCAUCGUAUCCACAGAACCUUAGCCAGCCAGUUCAAAUACGCCCUGGUUUGGGGAACCAGCACCAAGUACAGCCCCCAGAGGGUCGGCCUAACGCACAUCAUGGAGCACGAGGACGUCAUCCAGAUCGUUAAGAAGUAAAAAACCAGCACCCGACGGGACGGAGGAGGAACUGAGCAGGAAGAGUCACACUUUAGUCAGAGGAGUUAAAAUGGAAAAAAAGACCCACUGUACAGUGAAUAUACUGCUAGGAUAAACCAUUGUUUUUUUCUUAUAUAUUAAAAUGAGCAAAAUGCAUCGAAGAGACUGAGGUGGCUUUGAACAGGACAUGGUUUAUUUUACUUUUUGAUUAUAACAAGAUGCUUUGAUUCAGAGAGAAAAUGGGAAAAGAAUAAAAUCCAUAAAAUAAUGA